UCGAACGAUAAUUCAAUUAGUCAUAAUAUUGACAAUUGAGUUGGGAAAUAUUUGAUCGCAUGAAUGUGCAUAUCAUGUGUCAUUUCGACUGUCAUUGUUGAACAACUUGAAAAUUUCAGGUUUUAGACACGACAGUGCUAACAAAGUGAUAAAAUUUUUGAAGUUAUCUCACGUUCUUAAAUAAUACCGUGUGCUAAUUGCCCGGGGAACGGUCCAGCUAUCUCUGAUAAUAACAAAGAAACAAAAGGUAGAAUGCAUUAUUUUCAAGCUAUUGAUGGUUUGCCGCACGUUUUACGAUAAUGUAAAUACGAAUCACACCGAGAGAAUGCGAUGAUCGUCAUUUUUUAAUGCGACCCGACCGGUGAAGUCUGUGAAUUCCGAAGUGAUGAAAAGAUUAAUGCUAAUUGUUCUCCUCUCCUCGGUGAGUCUGGGACUUACAAAUGCCGUUAAGAGAUCUUCGAAACAACCAAAGGACUGCAAAAGUUCUCGUCCCGAAGCUAAACCGAUUCCCUGCUGUGAGGGUAAUCAAUAUUACGAUGAUGAGGAGAAGCGUUGUCUCAUGGUACCCGGAGGUGGUACGGUCAUUAAGGACGACCGGCCAUCGGCUCAAAAGCUCUUAAUAGCUGAUCCGUCCCACAAGAGCAGGUACUUUAUCAGCAGACUAUUAAGAAUCAUUACGGCAGAAUGUGCAAAUAAUUAUGUGUUUUCGGAAAGAUUACGCAGAUGUAUCCCAAACACUUCAUUAAGUACUGAAAAUAUUACCACUCAGUUAACUACUCCGACAGAUUAUAAGUUGAAUGUAAAUGCAUCUUCAUUUGAUAAUGAAACUGGAAUAACAAGUUCUGUAGAUGAGCAGUUAAGUGGGGAUGUAAUUUUAUUUGAUAAUGGAACUAUUUUGGAAACCCAUGGGGACGAUGAGUCAAAUGGGAACGCGAAGUUAUCUAGAAAUGGAACGCAGGGAACUUUUGCAGAUGAUAUUAUCAGCAUCAAUGCGACGUCAUUUAAUAAUGAAACUGAAUCGACGAAAACUGAAGCUGAUAAGUCCAACGGAACUGAGGUAAUAGCACUUGCAGAUAAUCAGCUGAGUGGAAAUGCGACGUUUUAUAAGAACGGAAUUAAUACAAAAACAGUUGUAAAAGAUAAAUUUAACGAGACCCUCGCAUCAUCUAGUAAUGGAACAGGAACAACAUCUGUGGAACUAAAUGAGACCGCGAGAGAAUUCAAUAAUGGAACUGAGUCAGAAAUGGUUGCAAAUGAUGAGUUCAGUAAAAAUAUGACUUUGGCUAAUAAUGGAGUGACCACGAGUGUUGAAGAUGACGAUUUCAGUGACAACGUGACUUCAUCUGACGAUACAACUGAGUUAAUAAUGUUAGUAGAUGAUAAGUUCAUUAACAAUACGACUUUAGCGGACAGUGAAACUGAGUCAGUAACACUUGAAGACGAUGGGUUCAGUGAGAGCACCACCUUAUCUACUGAUAGCGAUGAAAUAAUUGUUGUAGAUGACGAUUUCAGUGGCAACGUGACUUCAUCUGACGAUACAACUGAGUCAAUAAUACUAGUAGAUGAUAAGUUUAUCAACAAUACGACUUUAGCGGACAGUGAAACUGAGUCAAUAACACUUGAAGAUGAUGGAUUCAGUGAGAGCACCACGUUGUCUACUGAUAGCGAUGAAAUAAUUGUUGUAGAUGAAGAUUUCAGUGGCAACGUGACUUCAUCGGAUGAUAGUACUGAGUCAAUGACACUAGUAAAUGGCGAGAGCACCACGUUAUCUAAUAAUGAAACUGAAACAACUACACUAAUAAAGGCUAUGUUAAAUGAGAACAUGACUAUUUUCAAUAAUGAAACCGAGACGGUAUCCCGUGCCUAUGAGUUGAGUGAAAAUUCGAUUUCAUCGAAUAAUGGAACUGAACUGUAAAAGCUAUGUAACUCUGUUGGAUACCGCCUCAACUAUUUAUACACGUAAUCAACGGUAUUGUAACUAAGUGUGAAGACGUACCGACCGUUAGCAAAUAACUUUUAUUAUUUAACAGCCUGAGUACCUUAGUUCUCACCUAUUUUUAAAAAGGACACACUUACGUGCUCUUAUUCUCUAAAUAUAAUUUUCCUAAUAAAUAUCCUAAUCGAAAUAAUGCCACUUACAAUUUCCUAAAUAAUCUUCAUAAAUGCGUUUUCCCCACUAAAUUGCGUGCAGCUGCCUAAAUCUAGUGCAGGACAGAAUCUUCCUUGGAAAACAAAUAUUUUCGACGAAUAAUAUAUAUAUUACCUGUAACACCCCGAAGAUAGACCUAGAAUAUAGUGCUUAGUUAUUGUGGAUCAUUUUUGAAAAUUGUAAUACUUUU